GAGUGACCCUUGCGAGUCCUUUUUGAUCAAGUGGAGUAGGUGCCGUGGUGUUACUGCUGGUGUUGCAUCCAGAACCGUAGCCGGACAUGGGGCUGGAGGACGAGCGAAAGAUGCUGACUGGAUCUGGAGAUCCGAAAGAGGAGGAAGAAGAGGAGGAGGAAUUAGUGGAUCCCCUAACAACAGUGAGAGAGCAAUGUGAACAGCUGGAGAAAUGUGUAAAGGCCCGGGAGCGACUAGAGCUCUGUGAUGCACGUGUAUCUUCCCGAUCACAGACAGAAGAGGACUGCACUGAGGAACUCUUUGACUUCUUGCAUGCAAGGGACCACUGUGUGGCCCACAAACUCUUUAACAGCUUGAAGUAAAUGUGCAGAUGCAUUCACCUCAGCCUGUAUCACCUGGGCAUCAGGAUAUUUCCUUGUGGUUUUGAACAUGCUGUUAGUUUCUAAUGUGUGUAACUAUAAAUUCCUAUAAAUUUUGGGUUUAGCUUAAGACCUUCCAUAUAAGUAGCAGUGAUCCAGGUUAAUAAAGUCCUAUGGUCUUUA